AUGGAUACGGUGUGGCAAAGGCUCGUUGACAAUCAGGUUAACACAACAGUUCCUCCUGCUGGCUCGAGAAUCCCCCAUCUUCGUCCGAUUGAGAAUGGCAAGCAGCUGGUGGUCCAUGGCCGACCAUUUCUGGUCUUGCCUGGAGAGCUUCAACCGUCUUCUUCCUUCACCUCGCCUGAGUACACAUACAAGGUGUGGCAAAAGCUCGUCGACACUCAUGUCAACACGGUGCUAGGACGUGUGGCCUGGGAGGAAAUCGAGCCAUUCGAGGGCCAUUUCCUUUUCGACAAACUUGACGAGGUCAUCCUGGGGGCUCGCAAGCAUGGUUUACAUCUUGUACUGCUCUGGUGUGGCUCAUUCCACGAUGAUGAGGCACGUGCUUGCGAUAGGCGAGCCUUUGCUCGUCUCAUGCGCCACUUGAAGGAAAUUGACCGCGAGCAUUCCACCAUUCUGAUGGUUCAGGUCGAGAACGCCACCGCCUGCGCUGCAGCUGGAUUGCUUGCUGGGGAUUCCCGCGACACCUGUCCCGCCGCCGAGGAACGCUUUGCGCAACCCGUUCCAUCGGAGUUGGUGUCGUUUCUGACCAACGACUGGGACCAUCUUCAAGCUGGGUUGCAGCGCACACUCGGCCAUUUCAAGUCUCAGUCCCGACCAUCAUCCUCACUUAUGCCUCGACAAUCGUGGGCGGAGGCUUUUGGCCGAGGCCCGCACACGGACGAGCUGUUUAUGGCCUACCACUCCGCUCUGUACGUCCACGAGAUUGCCACCGCAGGAAAGGAGGAGUACUCUCUUCCGUUGUACAUCCAGCUCGGGGAGGAAGAUGACGUUGGAAAGGAUGAGAAGGACGACAUUUCCGCCACUGUAACCGGGGAAAACUACCACUACCGCUCCUCUGGUAACCUCCUCGACAUCUGGCAGCGGUUUGCACCUUCCUUGGACUUUGUGGCUCCCAGCCGCUGUCUUCUGAGGAAGUCCUAUGCGCGCGUCUGGGCCCAGUACCGACACCACGCCCAGCCAUUGUUCCUCUCCGAGCCCCGUCGCGACGAGAACAGUGCCGGCCGAAUAUGGACAGCCUAUGGAUCCUACCAAGCCCUGGGGGUCUCUCCGUUAGGGAUUGAUACGCUGGAGCCGGCCACCAGCCCCUUCACCAAGCAUUACCGUCUCCUGUCCUCCAUCUCACAGACGGUCCUCCUGGCCCAACAGCUGCCCGGUUCAUCGGUCGGGUUUCACUUCGAGGACGACGACCCGAUGACCGGAGAAAGGAAGAAGAAUGAUCCCGUCAAUGAGCCAAUUGUGCGAGAGUAUGGAGACUACGAGAUCCAGAUUGAGCGCUGCCCAUCUACUGCUGACACUGCUGCUGAGAAGGGCCGGCCCCUCCUCUCAUGCUCGGGCAUGGUCAUCCACCGCGGUGGCGGCAACUUCCUUCUCAUUGGCUGGGGAUUCCGAGUGCAUGCGAAGGCCACGGGGGGCUCGAAGUCCACAGCUCCCCCCAAAACGGCGCAUUGCAGCAUCGAAUGGGUUUGGGAGAAGGCGGUCGCCAACCGGACCUCGGGGCGAUUAAGGCUCUUGCGCAGGAUCGACCACAGCGCCUUCAUGUUGAAGUACCGCAAACCGUCGAAAUGCCACGGGGGAUGCUCUGCUAGCGUUGAUAUGCCCGCGGGGGUGACGAUUGCCGAGGUUGAAUUCGUAUUAUUUUGA